AGCCACUGCUGCGACUGCAGCGAUUGCGUUGCGUUUGCAGGCGAACUGGACUCUGUGCUCGGUGUCCGUAUGUGUACAUCAGCAAUUUGCGGCCAGGGGCGGUCAGGUGAGGUGUGCGGGUUCAGAGUACAGGUAGCGCCGUCGCCCACGUAGCUGGUGGGCUGCAACUACCUGUGAGGUCCCUGCACUUUCCUUACCUAAAAUGUCCGGCAAAGCGGCUACCGCCCCCAAAACGAAAAAGGAGCAGGGUAUUGCAGUCAAAUCGUACCUGGUGUUCUACAAUGUGGCUCAAGUUGUUGGGUGGAGCUAUCUUCUUUUCCAACUGGCAUGGUACUUCAUUAGUCCUCCCAAAGAUACCACAUUAUGGGAGUAUGUGAAGUUAACAGUGAUUAUUUUCCAAAAUGCUGCCCUUCUCGAGGUGGUGCACGCUGCACUUGGACUUGUUGUUUCAAAUGUUUUCAUGACAGCAGCUCAAGUGUAUUCCAGAGUCAUGGUUGUAUGUUUAGUUCUCCUUGCUACACCAACUGCUCCUCUUAGCAUUGGUCUUCCCAUGGCUCUGUUCGCCUGGUCCGUCACAGAAGUGAUCCGUUACAGUUUUUAUGCUUUGAAUCUCCUGGGAGCUGUGCCAUUCUUUCUGAUUUGGUGCAGAUACACAUUCUUUAUCGUUCUCUAUCCCAUUGGUGUCUCAGGAGAGUUGCUUUGCAUCUGGUCAGCUUAUCAGCAUGCAGCAGCCACAAGCAUGUGGUCUUAUGCUCUUCCCAAUAUCUUCAAUUUCACCUUUGAUUAUGGAUAUUUCUUGAUUGGUAAUAUGUUGGCAUAUCUUCCUGUGUUUCCUCAGCUCUAUCUGUACAUGCAUGCUCAGCGGAAGAAGGUGAUCAAGGGUGAAGGCAGCAGUAAAAAGACUAAGUGAGGAGAUAUCUUCAAGAAGACUGUUUUUUUUAAAGCUCAAAUUAGCUUAAAGGAUUUUUUUAAAAUGGGAAAAUUGAUAAAAGACAAAAAGUGGGUGUGGGGGAAAAAGGUUUUCCUAUUGAGCACACUCCAUGUGUGUCCAGUUACCAGCAACCAUUUAGUUUAAUAUCAUAGCUUUUCAUUUUUAUUUUUUUCAUACCACAGUUUAAAUAGAUUAAUUUUUUUCUUCCAAAGACUAGGAAAGUUAACCAUUGACCUUCUUCUUACCAUUUGAAAGGGUCAGGUUCUGUGUUAUUUUUAUUGUUUCAGUACAAAUGUUUUUGUUUUGUUUUCUACUUAAAUAAAUGUUGGGUACCUAAAUUAUUAGUCACAUUUUUUUAAUUAUGUGUUGUGUAUCUAAUCAAGGGGUAGGUGGGUAAAGGUGUAGGAAUCUCAGCUCAUUACUGGUAGGAUUGGGAUCCAAUUUAAGACAAAUGUGAUAACGUAUCAUGAACCGCUUUGCAGGUUCUUGCCCCUUUUUCUCAAAUUUACUUGUGAAUGCAGUACCCUGUCAUUUUAUUAAAAAAAGAGAUGCAUGUGAAUGCAAAACCUUGUUAUUUUUAUUAAAAGUGAUGCAUGAGA